GGAGCGGGGCAGGGCAGCCAGGAGGGAGUAGGAGAGCCUGGAUGGAGGCCGGGUCGAAGGUCAGGGCCUUUUCGUGGCCGCCGUGGCACGGAUCCCUACCUGAACACUGCAGGUGACUUUUACCCUGGGAUUCAGAAAUGUCUACAGGACUGAGACUGGACCCGCUAAAGGCCUCGUCCACCUACCUCUCCCUGAGCUGUUACUUCGAAGGCGACAAGGUGGCUCUGAAGGGCGUGGGCUGCUUCUUCCGGGAGCUGGCUGAGGAGAAGCGCGAGGGCUCCCAGCUCCUCUUGAAGAUGCAGAAGCAGUGGGGCGGCCGCGCCCCGGUCCAGGACGGGCAGAAGCUGUCGCCGGAUGAGUGGAGCACCAACGUGGAUGCCCUGGAGGCUGCCAUGGCCCUGGAGAAGAGCCUGAACCAGGCCCUCUUGGAUCUGCAUGCCCUGGGUUCUGCGAGCGCGGACGCCCAGCUCUGCGAGUUCCUGGAGAGCCGCUUCCUGCAGGUGGAGAUGAAGAUCCUCAAGAAGAUGGGCGACCAGCUGACCAACCUGCGCAAGCUGGCCGGGCCCGAGGCCGGGCCCCUGGCGGGGCCGGGCGAGUAUCUCUUCGAAAGGCUCUCCUGCCCGCGCGACUAG